UUGUAUUGGCGCAACACCACACCUCGAGUUUUGGAGCUCGACGCAACUGUUUUAUAGGAGUUACUCAUAUUAAGCAAUAAACAAGAUGGCGUCGCUCAUGCUGCUGGAUUAUAAGUACUUAUCAAAAAAAGAACUUGAUGGAUUCGAUAAAUAUAAGUAUAAAUCGGUGGACAAUUCUCCUUUGUCAAACUAUGUUAUGCACCCAUUUUGGAAUAAACUUGUUAAGAUUUUUCCACUCUGGGUUCCUGCAAAUCUCUUAACGUUAGCUGGGUGGCUGCUAUCAGUGUUGCAAUUUGUGAUAGUGUCGUAUUAUGAUUAUCAUUUUCGCUCAUCAAGCAAUCCUGGAUAUGAGACUGUGCCCAAUUGGGUUUGGUUAAUUGGUGCAUUUUGCAUAUUUUGGGCCCAUCAGCUGGAUGGUUGUGAUGGAAAACAAGCUAGGAGAACAAAUUCUAGUUCUCCUCUUGGUGAAUUAUUUGAUCAUGGACUUGAUAGCAGUGCAGUGUGGCUGAUGGGUAUUGGGAUUUUAUCCAUAUACGGUGUUGGCGAAAAGACUGCAUCCCAAUGGGAAUUGAUAUUUAUUGUAGUGGUUGUGUUAUUUGCUUUUUAUGUUGCUCAUUGGGAAAAAUAUACAACAUCUGUGAUGUUUCUACCAUGGGCAUAUGAUGUAUCACAACUAUGGUUGGCUGGUUCUUAUCUCCUUACAUAUAUUUAUGGUCCUGAAUUAUGGAGAAUGACGUUUUACGGCGGCACAUUGACAUUUCCAUUAAUGUUGAAAUCAGUUUUAUAUUUUUUGGUGACUGUAUUUUGUAUCCCGAUGAGCUUAAUAAAUCAAAUCAAAGCUAGACAAGAGAAGCCAGAAGAUUGUGUUAGCAUUACUGAAGGCUUUAUGCCACUUGUGUCACUAGGUUCAGUAACGUUGUUGCAUUUAGUAUAUGGUUAUGUGUCUAUUGAGAGCAUUGUAGAUACACAACCACGCUUGUUCUUAAUUGCGUAUGGAAUACUUUAUGCGAAUAUUACGUGUCGACUGAUUAUCGCUCAGAUGUCAGGAGAACAAUGCGAACGUUUCAACAUCCUCGCUUAUCCGUUAUUUCCAAUGAUAGCUUUAAGUACAUUGGGUGUGGCGAGCGAUUACAAGAUGUUGGUGUGUUACGUCACGUUUCUGUCUGUUGCACACAUUCAUUAUGGAAUAGCUGUGGUGCGUCAACUAAGUGACCACUUGAACGUUUACAGCUUUAAAGUUGGAAAGCCUGCUUCAUCAAAACCCUCCAUGAAUGGACAUCAUAAACAUACAAAUGGUGUAGUACAUAGCAACGGCGCAGUACAUGACAACGCCGUGACAAAUGGAAAAGUAUCAAAGGAUUGAUUUAAAAUUGAAAAGGUCAUAAAAUAAUUCAUAACGAAACUAAAAGAUGAUGUAGAACCACCUACUUGCCUGGACGUAUACACAUGGGUUGUUGUGUUUUUAGCACGCAGAAAAUUUUUAGCGACGGAGAGGACAGUGUUCUAAAUGAUACAGCAAUAUAAUAAAUUUAAUGCGCAAUUUUGGUUGAUUAAGUUUUCAGUUCCAGUUGUUUUACAUAAAUUUAUUAUCGAUUUAAAAAUAUUGAAUUGUUCUCUGCUUUCAAGCUAGAUUUAUAUCCCUUUGGUGUUUUUUUCUUAAACAACUUUUAUCGCACAUGAGAUUUUUCUUUAGUUGUCGAAAAACGAUUCUCCUAUUUCAUAAUUAGAUUAUGAUCUUGCCUGAAAAAGUGCACUGUUUGUUAUUUGUUUGCGCAGGUCAAAAAGGAGGGAUAUUAUACCACUUUUUAUUAUAAUGGAAAUACAGCAUUGAUUUUUUCAAUUUGAUUUUUGUUCGUUUAUUUUUGUAAGUGUUACCUGAAGUAAGAUGGUCGUGUAUUUAUAGAUAGAUAAAUUUUUACCUAUUUACUACGAAGGUUUAUUUAUUUAUUGUUUUUCUUACUAAAUUGCAUUUUUUAAACUUUGCCUUUCUGUUUAUGCCAUCAAGUCCAUAUCUAUUUCCUUGCUGUAUGAACUGGUAUAUUUAAAUAUUUUUUUAAAAGUAGCGUACGAUUUCAGCGACAGUGUAACUCCUUGAAGCGGAUGUACUCUGAAGUGGAAGAUUACGACGGACAGCUUUUAUGAUGCUCAAGAAAUCUGUUAUCAAUGUCUAUCAAAUAUUUUCUGGUUUACAAAGAAAAAAAUUAUAAACUGCA